AUGACGUCAUUAGCAGAUUUCAUUAAACUGGGCAAGGAGAUCGGACUAGAAGUGAAAGACUAUGAUUCUGUGAAAGGAGCCUUGCUCAAAUGUUUUCAAUGUACGGCUGAAGGUUAUCGCUCUAGAUUUAGAAAUGCUAAAUUUUUCAAAGGUGAAUCCGCUAUGCAGUUUGGUAAUCGCUUAAAGAAUUAUUUGAAAAGGUGGAUAGAUUUGUCAGGGGCAGAGAAGUCGUACGAUGGAUUGAUGGAUUUAGUGCUCAUGGAACAAUACAUGAAUGCAUGUGAUAAGAAUAUGAUUUUGUUUUUAAAGGAACAUGAAGUUAAGAAUUUUGAAGAUCUAAUUAAAUAUGCAGAGUUGUAUGUUGAGGCGCACGGUAGUCCGAGCAAGAAAUUUGUUGAGAGAGAUGUUAGGGUUGUGAAGGAGAUGUUGCACGUCGAGUCUAAAGCUCAGGAUGAGUCAAGCGUUGGAGUGUCUGGUGUUGUUCAUAAGGGUCAGUAUCGUAAGUGUUUUGUGUGUGGUGGUUCUAAUCAUAUGUCGCGUGAUUGUUAUUACAAGUAUGGUGCGAGACCUAAGGAUAGAUCGAUGAAAGGCAAGGGUGAGAGUAUGGCUGCUUUUGCUGCUAAGCAUGGAAGGUUGAAUGUUGCACGAGGUGAGGUCGAAGGUACAUCUGUGAAUGUGUUGCGAGAUCAAGGAUGUGAUACGGUCUUGGUUAAGGCUAGUCUAGUGCCGAGGUGCAAGUUUACAGGUAGACAUGUAAGUGUUAAAAUGGCAAAUGGCAUGGUUUUCACCUAUCCUGAAGCUAACAUUCAAGUAAAAUGUCCAUUCUAUGUCGGGGAUGCCUUGGCUGCUUGUUUGGAGAGUCCCGUGUAUGAUUUGGUAAUAGGUCAAGUGGAAGGAGUUAGAGACGGGGAAACUGUCAAAUUAGGAGCCGUAACUACUAGACAACAAGUAAAACAAAACAAGAUAAGAAUAGCUCCAAAGCUAAAGGUAAAGGAAGUGCUUGCUAUCAUGAAAGAUAAGAAUUUAGCUGAACAACAAAGGAGUGAUAUAACGUUAAACAAUAUACGAAAAUACGCGGAAUGUAAAAGGCGAUUUCAGAAAUCUGAUAAUGAAUAUCAUGAAUUUGUGUUUAAGAAAGGAAUCUUGUAUAGAAGAUUAGUACACGCAGAUAAUGCCACUGAACAGUUAAUUGUUCCGUGCGAGUCGAGGAACGCAGUUAUGGAGAUAGCCCAUAGUUCAUUAAUGUCAGGUCACUUGGGAAUAAAGAAAACGCUCAUGAGAAUUCAAAAUAAAUUCUUUUGGCCCGGUAUGUCGUCUGAGGUGGCAAGGUUUUGUCGGUCAUGCGAUCCAUGCCAGCGCACCGUAGACAAGGGAAGAGUGUCACGCGCGAAACUAGGUAGAAUGCCGAUGAUCACCGAACCAUUCCAGAGAGUGGCUGUAGACAUAGUCGGACCCAUCGAACCGCGCGCAGAUGACGGGUCACGCUACAUACUUACUAUUGUAGACUACGCCACACGCUAUCCCGAAGCCAUCCCGCUAAAGAAUGUUGAAACUGUGAGUGUUGCAGAAGCGCUAAUGUCUGUGUUUAGCAGAGUCGGAAUACCCAAGGAGAUCAUGAGUGAUAAGGGGAGUCAGUUUCGGUCAGAUGUGAUGCAGGAAUUUAACAGGUUGUUAUCAGUAAAGGGUAUUAGCACAACUCCGUACCAUGCAAUGAGCAAUGGAUUAGCCAGCACCAAGUUUUCGCCAUUCGAGCUCAUUUAUGGCCAUACCGUUCGAGGGCCACUUAGCUUGUUGAAGGACUUGUGGGAAGCGAACGAGCGAAAUAUUACGGACGAGAUUAGGACAUCGUAUGAAUAUGUAAUCAAUUUGCGUGAUAGAUUAGCGGAGACCUGCAAAUUAGCCCAGGAAGAACUGCAGAAGGCAGGCGAUUCCUAUCAGUAUUAUUAUGACAGGAAGGCGAAAGACAGGUUAAUGAGGAUCUUGUUUGGCGACGUUAGGAAUGUAGACGUUUGUGGAUGA